GCCCUGCUGAAAAGCGUCUGAAACAUCACCAGUGUGAUAAGCAAUAUGGUUCUCCCCCUGCACAUGCCCAGUGGCACUCAGCCUGGGGUGGGUGAAGUUUUGAAGACAAAAGGUGACAACUGUUAGAAAUAGAAGAUGGCAGACCCUGAAAGCACAAUCCUAAACACCAGUGUGAACCAGAAAGAUGCAAAGGAAGCUCUUGUUAUUGCUGUGACAACAAGAGCCAUUUUCAACCUGGAAAAGGAGCAUGAGAUCUUCUUGACAAAGGGCAAGGAUGAGUAUUUGAAGCACCAGCAAAUGAAUGAGAAUAACCCUUUGGAGCAAGGGACAGCAUUUGCUUUUGUUCAGGCCGUGCAGUUUGUGAACAAGCAACUCCUUGAAAGAAACCCAGAGGAGAAAAGGCUAUUUGAUGUCAUUGUUCUCUCCAAUAAUAGUCCAGAGAGUGGUCUGCGCAUCAUCAAUAGUGCUAAACAUCAUGGUCUGGAGAUCUCCAAGUUCUGCUUUGUCAGUGAUGAAGAUUCCACCCAGUACUUGAAAACACACAAUGUGAAGCUUUUUCUCUCAGCUGACAGAAAAGAUGUGCGUAAUGCACUUCAGAGAGGAGUCUCAGCAGCACUCAUCUUCCAGCAGGAGAUCCAGACUCCCAACACCCAGUUGCGUGUCGUCUUUGAUGGUGAUGCCGUGCUCUUUUCAGAUGAGACUGAGCGUGUCUUUCGUGAGGAGGGGCUGGAGGGAGCUAUAAAGUAUGAGAAGCAUAUGGAGAAUGUGCCCAUGGGAGAGGGCCCACUGAAAACCUUUGCUUUGCAUCUUGGGAAGAUGCGUAAGAUGUUUGAUCAAGGAGACUCCCCUAUCCGCACCUACUUGGUAACUGCCCGCAGUGGCCGUGACAUGGGUAUUCGGGCCAUCAAAACCCUUAGGGAAUGGGGCCUAGCAAUUGAUGAGGCCUUCUUCAUGGAUGGAGCUCCUAAAGGCCCUAUCCUAUCCAAGAUCCAGCCCCAUAUCUUCUUUGAUGAUGGUCUUCACAAUAUCCAAGGUGCUCGGGAUGUCGGCAUACCCUCUGCUUUGGUCCCAUGGGAUUGCUAAAAGGGAUCUCAGUAUUGUGGCACUUGAACAGACAGAGUGACGUCUGGGCAAACCUUCUGCAUGCAGGAACAAAGAUGGAAUUCUGAAUCCACACUGGCCACAGGUAAUAAAUUCUCUGCAGGAAGAUAUGAUGAUGGAUGCGUUGCUGUGAUGAAUCUGGAAUAAAUCAAAAGAUAUGAUCUCAUUUAACCUGAGCAGCAGGAAGCUCAAUAUGCAUGCCAGAAGGAUACUUGAAAUAUAAACCAAUUGACUCAUUUCCACCUCUGCCUUAAUUUUUUAUCCUCCUGCAACUGCUAUUGGAAGUUUUAUGCCCUAUGUCUCCAAAGAUUGUCCUCAACAAAAUGUAUACACAUUGAAACUGCAGCUCCACUGUGCACAGGAAAAAGCAACUUGCUUGAAAUGUAAAGUAGGACUCUGCUUACAAGUGUUCUGGUCUAGAACCUUCAUGCAAAAGUUACUGUGUGCUCCAGAUAUUGCUGCUGUUGUCUGAAUUGCUCUUUCCCUAAGGAAAACUUGUGAAUUUAGCACACAGGUUAAGUAUAAGCCUUUGCUGAAAAGGUUUGGAAGCAAAGUUUCUCUUUAAAAGAAAUUGGAAGAAGAAACUGAAAUUCAAAGAAUAUUUGGGGAGGUUUCCUAAGAAGAAAUUCCAGAGAUUUUUUUCUCAGAAUGUUUUUCCACAGUAGUGACUUUUUGGUUUCAUUUUUAUAGCUACUCCAAAUUGCUGAUAUUUUUUGCACAUGGAUUUGUACCAAUGUGCCAUUGCCCUGAACAGAAUUCUAAGUGAAAGCAAAACCAAUAAGUUAAUUAAUAUUAAUUUCUCUCUUCUGCUUUGUUUUUCACCUGUGACUGAGCAAAGCUGCUUGUAUUCAUGAUACAAGACCACCCAUGUCCACCUUUCUGGUUUUCUUGCUUUGGAAUUGGAGCUGGUCAAUAGUAGUCUUUGCUAAUACAACUACAACAAAUAUUUUCAUAUACUGCUUUUCAACACAUUUUCUCUAAGUGGUUUACAUAGACAAAAGGAGAUGGUUCCCUGUCUCCAAAGGGCUCGCAGUCUAAACAGAAACAUAAGGUAAAUGCCAACCACUACCAAUGGGAGAAACAGUGUGCUGGGGUUGGAUAGAGGACAGUUGCUUUCCUCCUGCUAAAUAUGAGAGCCACCACUUUAAAGGUACCUCUUUGCAAAGUUAGCUGUUAAUAGAUAGGCUGUCUUUAUAGUCUAUUAUACUGUUCCUCAGAUCAGGGUAAAAGGCAUUUUAGGUGUAGGAAAACGAACAUUUUGCCCAAAGAUUUCCAGAUUUCUUUAGCUGUGAAAACAUUCAUGUGGCACCUUUUAAGGACUACCAGGUUUAUUGGAGCACAUAAGACUCUCAGACUUCUGUAGCAGAUAGGGAGGAGAUUCUCACGAUUGGCAAAAAGUGGGCUAAGGGAGCUUAACCUGCUUUUUGCUGAUUGCCUGAUGCCACGGGAGCUGCGCGGCUUCCGAUAGCAAACCCCGCAAAAUACUCCUCCCUUUAGCCGAGGUUAACGGAGCAAGUGCUCUGUUAACCUCGUCUUUCUGAUCAUGUAUUGCUGUGGCGUGGCAACACAUGAGGAGACCCCCACUGGGAGGCUGAGACAAGCCUCCCAGCCCUGGGGGUCUCUCCAGGAUGCCCCAAGCGCUUGCGCGAGGCAUCCUGGAACUUCCGGGGGGGCCGCAUGGCCCCUGAUCCCCACAUGCUCGGCUGCCAACGUGCUCAUCUGUGGGGAGAGCGGGCUAAGCCCGCUCUCCCCGCUAACCCAAUUCAGGCAAGUCUCACUGAUCAUGAGACUUGCCUCAGGGUGUCCCAACUACUCAAUGUAAGCCACAUCCAUUGUGCUUACCAUCUGCCCUUUGCCCUGCUUAGUUUGUAUACAUAAAUGGGGAUCUUCUGCUUUUUGAUGUAGUGUGCUUGGGGGAUUAACUUUAUCUCCCAAAUCCUAACCAUUCUUUUCUAAAUCUACAUAGAAAGCUUCAGUACAAUGUUUGACCUGUUACUGUGGGCUCCUUCUUCAUUUUAGCAAUUGGCAACUAUGAACCAGAUGCCAUUUUAAAACAUAGUUAUUGUGCUUCACUCCAUUUUUAAAAAAAAUCUUCUAGCACUAACAAGCUGCUGUCUAGAACUGCUAGAGUUUUCCUUCUGAAGGCAGCAGACAUGACUUUGAAGGAAAUAGCUGAAGAGAAAGGAGCUUCAUAUUAAUGUCGAAGAGUUAUAUAACUUCGUCCUUUCCUGGAUGCCCAAACAUCAUGUUUUAGAUCUCCGAAGUCAUGUCACUAGGUGUCUCAAUUGCUCGCUGCAAUGCUUUCUGAAUUUACAAAUCUGCUAAAAAAAUCAAGAUGUGUAUAUAAAUUGUUUCUCCUGAGACUAGGAUUACCACCUUUUUAAAAGUAGCUGAGCUCGCUCCCCCUAUGCCUUUUGAUAUUUUUUGUGAUCUGCUUGCACUAGCAAGUGAAUGGGCUUAUCUUUAUUUUGUGAAAAGCUUCACCUGCUGGAUUCUGUCAGCUGAGCUCUUACCAAAGACAGGAUCAGGCCACUGUUCUUUCUGGUUAAUUGGCCAUUCUAAGCACUUGGGGGACAAAGGUACCAAUUAUCUGGUUCCUGUGCAUGCUUCCCGCAGAAUUGCUGGCCAAACUUCUUGAGAGAAUGCAUCUUGUGUUAGGAAUGAUCUAUAGAUUUUUAGAAACAAAUACAUUUUGGAAAUAGUCUCCCAUUUGCCAGCAGCUGAGGCAGAGCAAAGGAUGUUUUUUCCCCACCUAGUUCUAGGACACAUCAUUAGUUUAUGUCAUAGUGUGAAAGAGCCUUUAGUGAACCUGGGCAUAAGGAGAGUACUCCUGGAUCGGCUGGACUACAGUGCCUUUCGCAGCUACGGAACAAGCAUAAAUGCACAGCUUUGCCCAUCGCUAUAUCUCCAUGCUGGAGAGGUGGCAGGGGAGGCCCCUUUUGAGUUUCUGCCUGUUAUGCAGACUCUAAAGGAAUAAGAGCUCUGCCCGGGGGAGGGAAGAAGUGCUGUGAGGUGCUGCUUAGUCUGACAUAGCAGCGCUUGGAUGGGAAAAGCCACACAGAGCAAAACCCUCACUUUCAUACAACUCUUUGUAUGGAUAAAGUGGGUGCUGCCUAAAUCGAAUUACCCUGGACUGAACAAAUGCAUGUGGCCUUGUGAGGAAAGCUUUUUAAUUAAAAGGCCUGCUUUUUCGCUAAAAAGAUUGGCUGAAUUUCUGAAUUACUGAGACCCCAGCAUGUUUUUGAGAAGAACAGCUGAAAUGCCUAGAAGCCUGAGCAGUAUGAACAUCUCUUAUCUAUACACUUUCAGGCCUUGGAAAGUGAUAGGGAAAACACUACCCUUUAUCAGUUAGCAACCAGCUAGCCAAGGUUUUCCAGUCCCAGUGAGAGACUCUACCCAGGACAGGGGGAGAUAGGAUGGAUCACACUGAAAACAACUUAACUGCUCUUCUGUUCCUUUCCCAGAGCUUACUUACCUCUCUCCUUCAAAAGAAGCAAGUUAGCUCCUGAUUCCUACUGCAGAGGCAUGUAUCUAGUCAAAUCAUCUGUAUUUUGCUUUUCUACAGAAUUGUGCACAAAUGGUGAUAUGAGACACCAGCUACUGAGACCACAUGAUCCCUUUAUUGUGCCAUCUACAUUGGCUCCCAAUUUGUUUACAAGACCAGUUUGAGGUUCUGGUCAUUGAUUGCACUUAAAGUUCUUAACAGCUUAGGACCAAGAUACCUGAAGGACCACCUCCCCUCCCCCGAUCUGCUGCUGCCCAACUAGUGAGGCCUUUCUUCAUGCCUUGCCACCCUUAGAAGUGUGGUAGGCAGGAAUAUGUUAAAGAGCCUUUUCAGUAGUGACAUCCAAUUUGCAAAGCUCAUUGCCUUGAGAUCAGGCAAACCACAUCCAUCCUGAUGUUCUGUCACCUGCUGAAAACCUUUGUGGGGGUAGUAUUUAAUUUGUUGGGUGUUAAGCUCUUUUUUCACACUGCAUUAUUCUUCCGUGUACUUUUUAAAGCCUAGUUUCCUUAAGGAAAGUAAGCUUAUAAGAUUCUGUGAGUAUGUGUCCCUAUCAACUUUGCAAUUCCUGGACCAAUAUUAGCCAGUUGUAGGGACAUAUAGGGAAACCUCCACACAUAGUUUGUGAUGGUGUCAUCCACCGCAGUUCAAGAUGGCAGACAUGUGAAUGUUUGAGGUGCAAGUAGGCUAACUUGUGAACCGCCUAACCAAUUUGAACCAAAUUUGCUACAGGUGUAGGGACACCUCAGCAACAUAGUUUGUGAUGGUGUCAUCCACCCCAGUUCAAGAUGGUGGAUGUGUGAAUGUUUAAGGUUGAAGUGGGCUAACUUGUGAGGAUGGUAGUUAUUUAUAAAGAGUAUAGUGAAAUAUAAAUAAGCAGAUUAGUUCUUACCAGAAUAUCUUGUAUCUUAAUUCUGCUGUGCUUCUUUGGUUUUGUUGCACUUUUAUUGUACAUUUUAUUUAAAUGUGUUGAUUGUUAGCCACAUUGAACAUCCCAGAACUGGGGGAAAGCAGAAUAUCACUUUUAAAAUAAGUAAAUAUAGUGCUUUUUAAAAAGUAAAAAUACUUGUAGGGCACAUAGGCCCAUUUUUACAUUAACCCAAUAAAUGUCCUUGCUAUAUUUUGGAAA